AAUUGCCAUGGCAACUGGACGAACGCCAGAUUGAAACAUUCUCGUGUGUUAUAGAAACAUAGAAUAAUAUUGUUGUAGGCUGAUCCAACAAUAUUAGACAAUCUGUGCUGAAUGUGACAAUGAGAGCACAUCCAGCAUGGGUCGACAAAGUGCAGUCGGAUCAAUGUAUAUACGAUCUUUGCUUCAAUCCGGAUGGUACACAAUUAGUUGUUGCUUCUGGCAAUCAAGUCCUUGUGUACGAGACCAGUGAUGGUGCCUUGAUUCAACCAUUGAAGGGGCAUAAAGACACAGUAUAUUGUGUGUGCUAUGCAAGAGAUGGCAAGAAAUUUGCAUCAGGAAGUGCAGACAAAAGUGUUAUUAUCUGGACUUCCAAGUUAGAAGGGAUAUUAAAAUAUUCACACAAUGAAGCUGUACAAUCAAUGCAUUUUAAUCCUGUCUCGCAUCAGCUUCUCAGCUGUUCGCUCUCAGAUAUUGCCUUUUGGUCCGUGGAACAGAAAGCUGUACAGAAACAAAAGUCUGGUGGGAGGGUCAAUUGUUGUGCAUGGACAAGGGAUGGCCAAUACUUAGCUCUUGGUCUUGCAACUGGACAUGUAUCUAUAAGAAACAAAAAUGGUGAAGAAAAAACGCGCAUUGAACGACAGCUUGGAGUUCCAAUUUGGAGUUUAUCAUGGAAUCCUUUACAGGACGAAGCUACAGAUAUUCUCUGCAUUGCUGACUGGAAUGGAAUCAUCACAUUUUACACAAUCGGUGGAGAAGCUAUCAGAAGAGAGAGGUCAUUCAGUUUUAUACCACUUAAAGUCACUCACUUCCCAGAAGGUCAAUACCUUCUCGUUUGCGGUAGUAAUAAACAAUGCCUAUUGAUGACGCACGAUGGCAUACAAUUGGUUAACGUAGGCGGUACCUUUUCGUCAUGGGUAUGGAGCUGUGCCGUUCAUCCAAACGCCUCGCAUAUUGCACUCGGUACUCAAGAUGGAACGAUAACGUAUCUACAACUUUCCUGGGACGUCGUACAUGGUCUAUAUGGCGACAGAUACGCGUACAGAGAGAACAUGACUGAUGUAAUAAUACAGCAUUUAAUCACGAGUCAGAAAGUUCGAAUUAAAUGUAAAGAUCUGGUAUGCCGGAUUGCGGUGUAUCGAAACAGGCUAGCUGUGCAAUUAUCUGAGCGAGUAAUCAUUUACGAACCGUCUGGUGCAGGCGAUGUAAUGCAUUAUAGGAUACGAGACAAGCUUAAUCAGACAUUGAAUUGCAAUCUGUUGGUUGUCACGUCGAAUCACUUAGUUUUGUGCCUGGAAAGACGUCUGCAAAGUCUCUCGUUCGCGGGGAUAAUAGAGAGAGAAUGGAUACUCGAUGGACUUAUCACUUACAUCAAGGUGGCGGGUGGUCCUGCCGGACAGGAAUGUUUAAUAGCUGGUCUGAAAAGCGGACACGUAAUGAAGAUAUAUCUUGACAAUCCGUUUCCCGCACACGUCGCAAAAAUCGAUGAUGCCGUGAGAUGCUUGGACAUCAGCUCUUUGAAGGAGAAAAUGGCGGUAGUCAGCGAAGCUGGUAUCCUCUCCGUGUUCGAUCUGUGCACCGGCGAGAAACUGCAGGAAUUCCACGAUGUCAACAGCGUCGCGUUCAACAUUGCUUUCGAAGAUAUCAUGUGUUUCGCGGGCAGCAACUACCUCGCGAUAAAAGUCGCAAACUUCUCCGAGUAUAGACAAAAAUUCUCUGGCUUCGUCGUAGGGCAUAACGGCUCGAAACUGUACUGUUUGAACGGUUCAUCUAUCAUGACACUAGAGGUGCCAUUAUCGUUGUUCAUGUAUCAAUAUCUAGACAUCGGUUUGUACAGCCACGCUUACGACAUAGCGUGUUUAGGUGUGGCCGAAUCGGACUGGCUCGCCUUGGGGACGGCGUGUUUAGAUAAUUUGGAAUUAAACAUCGCAUACUCGGCGUUUGCGCGAAUAAAAAAGCUGCGUUACAUAGAGAUCGUGUCAGAGGUGGAGGAGAAAUUGAAGUCGGGUGAAUGGGGACGAGAAGCCUGCAUGGCUACUGCCGCGGCCGCUAUGGGAAGACUACGCGAUGCGGCGAAGCUCUAUCAAAAAGCUGGUUUACAACAAUAUGCUCUCGAUAUGUACUCCGAUUUACGGAUGUUUGACAUCGCUCAGGAAUUUAUUGCCUCCGGCAACACGCAGGAUCGUACGGUAUUAUUGCGGCGACGAGCGGAAUGGGCGAAAAGCUUGGGCGAGCCACGCGCCGCAGCCGAAAUGUUUCUUUCAGCGGGAGAUAUCGAUCGUGCCAUCAGUAUUAUCGCCGAAUACGGUUGGAUUGAUAUGUUGAUCAAAGUAGGCAGACAAUUGGAUAAGGCGGACAGAGACAAUCUGUCCAUGAUCGCCAAGAAACUUAAGCAACUGGGUGCUUCGCAUGGCGCGGCGGAGAUUUUUAGUCGAUUGGGAGACGAUCCUGAUGUUGCCGACGUGCUUGUGGACGCACAAGCGUGGCCCGAGGCCUUCGAACUCGCAGAAAGAAAUCCGAAAUUGAAGUCACGGGUAUAUGGACCAUACGCACGAUGGCUGGCGGAAACCGGACGAUUUUCCGAGGCUCAAGAAGCGUUUCAAAUGGCGGGACAACCGGAAGAAUCCAUACUCGUACUUACGAUGCUAGCUAAUAACGCUGUGAUAGAAAAAAGGUUUCGCGAUGCCUCUUACUUUUACUGGCUUUUGUCGCAGUUGAGUCUGGAUUUGUCAAAAAGCGUGGAAGAGAUAAAAAUUAUGUUUCUCAAUUAUUCUGAUAAAGCGGAUAUCUAUUAUGCGUAUCAUGAAGUAUACAAGUAUCUGGAGGAGCCUUUUACAUCUCUAAUGCCAGAGGCAUUAUUCAAUAUCUCGAGAUAUUUGCUCAUGAAAACGCAAAACAUGCGAUUGGAUGGCAUCUCGAAGAUGACAAUAAUGUACAGUCUGAUGAAACAAGCGCGAAUAUUGGGUGCCAACAAGCUGGUUAUGCAAUUAUUGGACCAAUUACGUUCGAUGAAGAUUCCUACGAAUCUUCAGACGCAAGUGGAAACGUCGACUUUAGUUGCCAGAUCUUAUCCUUAUCGCGAUCCGGAAGAGUUACUGCCUCUAUGCUACAAAUGCUCCACAUUCAAUCCUUUAAUGCCGACAAAUAAUGUAUCUGGUAGUAGUUGCACGCAAUGUGGCUUAAAAUUUCAAUAUUCCUUUGUUAUGUUCGAAAUUUUGCCAUUAGUCGAGUUCGAAUUAGAAGACGAUAUCACAGACGAGGAAGCUGAAAAACUGAUAGAAGAACCAUUACCUUCCCCCGAUGACCUUGCAGUUAGCGAUCAAUUUACCAUGACUUCCAAUGAGACUGACCUCUUCACCGCGCGUCUAAUGAGAUACGAGGAAAAAUCCAAUAAUUCUACAGUAACCGUUGGAAGAGGGGUAUUAAAAAGUAUGGAUCCAUCCACAGUGAUAAUUAUUAAGUGGCCUAAGCCUUUUAAGACUAGAUACUUCAGGAAUCUUUUGCCCGAUCUGCAGGUCAGCUUGUGCAAAUGCUGUUUAAAGUUGUUUCAUUCGGACGACUACGAAUUAGCGUUGUUGCGACACGGGCACUGUCCAUUCUGUCGGACACCAAACGUGACUGCAGGUUGAAAUAACGUAGAAUUAGAAAUUUGUUACAGAUCAGGCAUAUAUGUAUACAUCUUCAUAUAUAUAUAUAUAAAUUGUUAAAAAUAUUUUAGAAAUGUUUUAAUCUUUCUAUUUAGGGCCGAAUCUUGUAUAGUGCACUGUUAUACAUAUAUACAUAUGGACUUGUUUUUUAUAUGCGAAACUUUUUGCAACUGCGUUAUUUUUUCUAUUCACGUUACUAUCACAACUGUAUUUUAUUCGAAUAAAUAAAGUAGGAGUACUUCA